AUGUCGCGCGCCGCCCGCCACGCCCAUUCAUCAUCGUUGUGUCACGAUUUAUUUCGGCGCUACGCUGGUCGCAUAACGAGCUUUACCCAGCGCCCUGCUGACGACAAUCGUCCCGAGCCCGCCGAGCAACUAUCGUCCUCUGUUGACCGACUUCAACAGAGUGGCUCUGGCUUCGUAUACCGCGGUGUGCAGCAGCCGCCAUCGUUGCAGGUGCCAAGCCAGUACAGCGACCAAUCGCCGUCCCGAUACAAUCCACCGCAAGACGGCUUCCCGCAUCCGCAAAGGCGGCAGCAUGCAAGAAAUCUGAGCUUACAGCACAGCCUCGAGAAACCACUACCGCAGCCACCGCCCGAUUCCGAGCCUGACGCUUCCUUGUCUCCGUCAGCCGCUCCCCAGACGAAUGCACCAAAUACCGAGCCAUUGCCAUCUUCCAACUUCCCCCCCAGACCUUCGAUGCAGCAGAGACUAGGCAGCAUGGAUCCCAAUACUUCUGCCAAUUCAAGUACCAUGUACGGCAGCCAGGACCAGAACCUUCCAGAUGCUGCAGGUAGCAUGACCAGCCUGAAUACCGAUGUGCGAGAUGCAUUCUCUGCGAGACUCAACGGCCCAGGCUCCUCUACUGCCUCUCCCGCGAUAGGACAAAGCAGAGGACCACCAGUUGCUGGGCCCUCGCAAGGUUCCUCUGCCCAUCUCUCAGGCCUCAUGUGCAAUGUUCACAGAACUACCGGCCGGGAGCCUCCACCCCUAGUCGGUGCGACGACAACGAUUCUUGGUGAUAAAUUGUACGUGUUUGGUGGUCGAGUUCUUUCUCGCAGCCGACCUGCGCCUCUGACCUCCGAUUUGUACGAGCUCGACCUCAUCCGACGCCAUUGGACGAAGCUCCAGACCGCCGGCGACGUUCCUCCGCCAAGAUACUUUCACUCCAUGUGCGCGCUAGGAGAUACAAAGAUGGUCUGCUACGGUGGUAUGUCACCAUCGCCGAAUCAGCCCACGAACCAAGACCAGCAGCAGCAACCUGAAGUUAGCGUCAUGUCCGACAUAUAUAUUUACGACGUCUCGUCAAAGAAAUGGACAUUCAUUCCGACUCCAGAUGCUCCGCAAGGACGCUACGCUCAUUGCGCAUGCAUUCUGCCCUCUGCUGCUUCUUUCUCCUCUACAAAGGCACCGCUCUCUGCCCUCCAACAUAACCCUUCAUCUCAAAACCCCAAUGAGGGCCGUAUUGGUAUCAACAUUGAUGGCUCUGGAGGUGCCCAAAUGGUCAUUGUCGGUGGCCAAGACGGAGCUAAUCACUAUAUCGAGCAAAUAAGCGUCUUCAACCUCCGAAGCCUGAAAUGGGCAUCUACGCAGCCUUUGGGAAAGAGCUGCGGUGCGUACCGAAGCGUUGCUGCCCCGCUCCUGCCUUCCGUAUCGGCCAAGAUCGGAAAAGCUCACCAAGCUGGUCUCCAACGCCAAGAUGGCAUCAGCCAGGAAGCACGUGAGGGUGGCUCGUCUAUGCUGAUAUACUCGAACUAUAAUUUCUUGGACGUGAAGCUAGAGCUGCAAGUUCGAGCUCCAGAUGGUACUCUUAGCGAGCGGCCUAUGUCCGGCACGUACUCCCCCCCUGGCCUCCGCUUUCCCAACGGUGGUGUAUUGGAUACGCACUUUGUUGUCUCGGGAACCUACUUAACAUCUUCAAAGCAAGAGUAUGCUUUGUGGGCCCUGGACCUGAGAACUCUCACCUGGAGUCGAAUCGAUGCCGGAGGCAGUGUAUUUAGCCAAGGCAGCUGGAAUCGGGGUGUCCUGUGGAACAGAAGGAAUACCUUUGUCAUCCUUGGAAACAGAAAGCGAAGCUUGGUCGACGAUUACAACCACCGGCGCAUCAAUUUUACGAAUGUGUGUAUGGUGGAGCUUGAGGCCUUUGGGUUCUACGAUAACCCACGCAAGACAAGCCCCAUGGCCGGUUUCAUUUCUGCUAGCAGCCCGUAUUCUGGACCCGGCUUGAGCUUAUCCAGAAAGGCGGGAUACACCGCAGGCGGCCGCUACCACUCGCGGAUGAGCGAGGAGUUGGGCGAGAGGGCUUUGGCCAUGCGGGAAAUAUCUGACAUGGAUAUUCUUUGCAUCGGCGGGGAGCGAAUUCCGAUUAGCUCUCGUAUUGUCGCACGGCGCUGGGGCCCAUACUUUGUACAACUCCUUAGAGAAGGUGCUGCUUCACAAGACGGUGGCGAUGGCAUGACACUCCGCUCAGGUCUUGCUGGAAACCCCCUCCGUGCAUCUGCCAUGACGAUAACACCGCAAUCCCGAGCGGCAACUGCGACACCAACUUCAACUGCCAGCACGUUGGCCCCUUCCAAUAUCGAUGUCUCAAGUGUGGACGGCUCAACACUUGGUGGUGGCAGUAUUAACCAAGGAGAGGAAAUGAAUGCGGGCGCGGUGAAUACGGCACCUACACCACGCACACUCCCCCCGAAUACGCGACCUAGAUGUCUCUAUCUUCCGCACACUUACCUGACGGUGCAGGCACUUCUUCAUUUCUUAUAUACGAGCGCUUUGCCACCAGUGUCGUCGCCUCUCUGCACACCUCAGAUCCUAUGCUCUCUUUUGCAGAUCGCACGGCCAUACCGCGUUGACGGCUUGCUCGAGGCCGUUGUUGAGCGUCUUCAUUCUUUGCUUGACAGCCGCAAUGCUGCGGCUGUCUUUAACGCCACGGCAAUGGCUGCUGGGGGCGGACGCGGUAUCGAUGGCACCUUGAAUCCCAACUUCUUCGUGGAUAGCCUUGAUCCCAUUGGCUCACCCGCUACUUCAGGCGACUUCUCAUUGGUUGGGUCUACUGCCAACGGCUCCUUCUCUUCUGAUGUUGCUUCACGAACAGCUACCCUCACCAUUAACUCUGGCGCAGCCUCCACACGCCCCGCCAGCGGUGAGCUGUCGUCGUCGGCGAGCGCUAACGGCUCAGAAUGGGGCUCAGAAAUAGGUGGCAGCGAUAGAGAAAACGGCGCUGUUUGGAACGGCGAAUUGAGCAGCGUCAUUGGUCUGCAAAAGCGUGGCCUUCGCGGCCUUAUGGAAGGACGAAGACUGCGCGAGAGGACCGGUACGGCCGGCACUGCCACACUGGCCGCCCCGAACACAAAUGGGCAAUACCUCCAGGGUGGACAGCGAGUUGGACUUGGUAUUGGGGGCCCUUGA